CUGUCGCAUCACGUGACCCACGCUCGCCGCCAUUUCUUCGAGUAAACAAGGACCCGGAACGUUCGUGCGGUUAAAGUGUUCGUUUGUGUGGCAAAUAUUCGAUAUUAAGCGGUGAAAAUGUCCGACGUGGAAUCGGCCAAUACCAAUAAUGCCGCUAAGGAGGAGAACAGCCAGAAUGAAAAGGCGCCAAAAAGUCGGAGAUCCAAAUCAGCUAGAGCUUCGGUCAUUGACAAAGUGCGCGAAGAAAGCGAGACCAUCCUGAAGGGACUGGAAGCGGCACCUGAAGGUCGUCGGAUGACACGCUCGGCCUCCAAAGGGGCGACGGCAACGCCUCCGCCCCCAGUGAAGAAAGAGCGAAAAUCCAGUGCGGCCGCAACGCCCUCGGGUAAAGGCCGAGGUCGGCGAUCCAAGAAACCCGUCAUAGAGGAGACGGUGGAGAGUCAGGAUGAAAACAAAGAUUCUUCAGUGACUGAAGACGAAGACAAGAGCGAAGUGUCGAAAGACGACGCUUCUCCAGCAGAGUCUUCAGAGACAAAGUCCGAACCGGAACCGAUGGAGACCAACUCUCACGAGGAAAAGGAAGAGUCGGCGAAUAACAACGCUGCAGAGUCCUCCAAAGAGCCAGAGGCGACCGAAAACGGGGCCAAAGAGGAGGACAGUGCAGAUAACGCAGACGCUUCGGAAGACGAGAAGAAAGAGGAAGAAACGUCGGCAGCGCCUAAAGAAGAAACCAGCACAGAAGCAGCAGAUCCAGUAGAAGAAGCGGCGACGGGCGUCGAUACCCCAUCAACAGAAGCGGAAAAACCGGCAGAAUAACUGCGUAUCUGCCCGUUUUCUAUCUGCUAAGAUUGGUAGGUUAACGUAAUGCAACGGUAAAAUCAAAAGCCCGGUGAGAAUGUGAAGACAAUGGAAAUAAAUCCUGACUACCACCCCCCCA